AUGCCUGGUCUUUCCCAGCCUUUGACCUUUGAGCACAUUACGGUCACGGAACUCCACCCUACCUUUGGAGCUGAGGUCAGCAAUGUGGACUUUUCGCGCCCGAUAGAGGACGAAGUCUUUCAAGAGAUCCGAGCUGCCAUCGUCAAGUAUGGCGUCUGCGUGUUUCGCAACACGGGGCUGGACGAUGCACGCCAUGUCGCUUUUGCAGCCCAGUUCGGUGAGUUGGAUGAUGUGACGCCCUACCUGGCCGGCGGGCGAGCCCAUCGAUUGUCUGAUGUGCGGCUGUUUGAUGUGGGAAACAUUGAGCUUGACGGGACCGUUUUUGCAUUGGACAACAUCCGACGGGAGUGGAACAAGGGUAACGGCCUCUUCCACGUGGACUCGAGCUUCAAUCCGCGUCGAGCAGGGUACUCGCUCCUCCGGGGCCACGAGCUGCCCCCUGCCAGUCUGGGAGGGGAGACCGAAUUCGCCGACGUGCGGACGGCCUUCGAUGACUUGCCGAUAGCCUUGCAGGACGAGCUACGCCAACGGAACUAUAUCGCGGCGCACUCCCUGUGGCAUUCUCGCAAAGUGGCUGCCCCGGCUACAUUCGCAGACGUAGAUCCGAACGAGUACCCGAUGGGUCGACAUCGGCUGCUCCAGCGGCAUGAAGCUUCCGGUCGAGAAACCCUCUAUCUCGCCGCGCAUAUCCAUCACAUUGAAGGAUUGGGCACGGAGGAGUCCCGGGCGCUGUUUGAUCGCCUAUUUUCGCAUGCAACCCAGCCACGCUAUGUGCUUCAAGUGGGCUGGAAGAACCCCGGGGACCUGAUUUUGUGGGACAACACCAGUGUGAUGCAUCGCGCGGUUGGCGGUCAGUUCGAGGGCCAAUAUCGGCGGGAUAUGCGGCGGGCGACGGUGCAUGACGGAAGUGCUGCCGCGUGGGGACUGAACGAGCGUAGCGAAGUGCGACAAGGACUGCCGUAA